AUGACGGAAACUCCCCAGGGCCCUGGGCUUCCCGCGCCGUCCACCCACAGCUCUGACAAACGCGGCAGCCCGCGCGGCGAGAAGAGCCGGAAACUCAAAAUCAGGCCCCAGGGCGAAAGCGGCCGCAGAGGCGUGCAUCCGUGGCAUUUCCUUCGCAUCUCGUUCAAGUCUGCCUGUAGAGCCAGUACCCUGUGCAGCCUGCUUUGGCCAGUCGUCCCUGCGGCGCUGGCGGUGCGAUACACGCUGACUGAUCACCAUGUCCUGGUAUUCAUCCUUCUCUAUAUCGCCAUGGUCCCCUGUGCCAGUCUCGUCGGCUUCGCCAGCCAGGAGUUUGCCCGCAAGCUCCCCCACGUUGCUGGGGUCUUGGUCGAGACGACCUGUGGCUCCGUUGUCGAAAUCGUCCUGUUUCUCGUGUUUUUGAAUAGCGACCACCCAAACAACUUCUACAUUAUCAAGGCCGCCAUUCUCGGCUCCAUACUGGCGACUAUGCUGUUGUGUCUCGGCUUCGUCUUCUUCGUCGGCGGCCUGAUGCGCGACGAGCAGUCAUUCAGCGACGCCAUCAGCGAAGCAGGCAGUGGUCUCCUGCUCAUGGCUGGCGUGGUUCUCGCCGUUCCAACCAUCUUCCGCAAAGGCCUCCUCAGUGAGGGCAUCUCCGAAGAGAAGCUUCAGGCCGGCACCCUACACAUCUCCCGCAUGAUCUCUAUCUUCCUCAUCGUUGCCUACCUCGUCUACACUUUUUUUCAGGCCCGCACCCACCACGGCAUCUACGACGCCAUCUUUGAAGGGGAUGAGCACCAACAAGGCGGCAAGCGCAGGCCCGCCGCCAAGGACAUGCUCACCAUGACCGAGUGCGUCAUUGCGCUGGCCAUCUCCAUCACCCUCGUCACGUUCCUUGCCGUCGGCCUCGUGGACCAGAUUGAGCCCGUCAUCAAGAACUCACACCUGUCCGAUGCCUUUAUGGGCCUGAUCCUCGUCCCCCUCGUCGAAAAGUUUGCCGAACACCUUACAGCGAUAGAUGAAGCCCGGAACAACCGCAUGAAUUUUGCUCUGUCCCACGUCCUAGGUGCCACGCUGCAGACGGCCCUCUUCACUGCGCCACUGACGGUCCUGGUCGGAUGGGGUCUACACAAGCCCAUGGACCUGGACUUUGAAAUCUUCAACAUUGUCAUGCUUAUCCUGUCCAUCUUAACCGUGGGUAAGGUCCUGCAGGACCAAAAGAGCAACUAUCUCGAGGGCGCGCUCCUUCUCAUCCUGUACCUCUCCAUUGCCGUCUCGGCAUUCCAUUACCCUUUUACUGGCAUUCAUGGCGGGGAAACCGGCGGUGAGACCCAUUAG